AUGCCUAGGCAUAUGAAGACAACUCUAGUGGCCCACCUCAAGGCUAGCUUUGAUGGGUUGCCAGUAUUCUCCAGUGUUCUGGGUAGUGACAAACCUUUCAAAUGUCUCCACUUCUCCUGGUGGAACAGAUAUGGGACUCAGGGUUGUGGGGCACCUAUUGAUGCACACCCACAUGAAUUAGACGUCACUAACGAAACCCAGAUGAUCCCUUAUUUGUCAAAGGAGGGCUCAGACAAUGAGCAGCUUUAUUUGAACUUGCAGGAUGCUUUUGCAGAUGUUUUCCAAUGGAUUUCUGAUGUUAUGGAAUUCUGCCUACCAGAUGAAUACUCUAUGCUAGCCAAGAUAGUUGGUACACUUCCUGGAAAACCAGGAUCUCCAGUCACUCCUUUUUUAUCUCUUGUUAUUAAUAUUAAUGGAUUUAUUCUUGAACUGAAGAGUGGAGACUUUGCCAUUUUCAGAUCUAAGGAGUCAACACACUUUAAUUUAGAUUAUCAGGGUGAGAGAGCCUCAUUUGUCUUAUACACAGAUGGUUUUAGAAGGGAUAGAGGGGACGCAGGUCUUGCCAUUUUUGCUAGUUUUUUUUUGAGGACUUCAAUGCCUAGAGUUACAUGGUCCAAACAAUCUACUGUUCCCGGGACUAGGGGCAGAGGUUUAGCAAAUGAUCUAGUGACAGCAUCUUCUCCAUCACCACCUCCUUCAACCCAGCCUAGACAGCCUAGACAGCCCCAGCUACAUCAAAAGAAAAAGACUACUUUUGCAAGACCUAAUGCCACAGCACCCAGCAAAGAAGAUGGAAUCCUGCCCGGGGCUCUUCUAGCAAGAAGAAAGGCUGCAUUAGCCUCAGAAGCUGAGGCAGAGAAAUCUGCUAUGCGUAAGAGAGUAGCAGCAAUGUUGGCUGAUGAAGAAGAUUCUGAAGGAGAUGACUUACAUGGCAAGAAAAUAUGUCUGAAUGGUGAUGAUAAUGACAACAAUGAUAAUGAGGAUCCUCUAUCAGAUGAUAAUGAGGAGGAGGAGGAAGAGGAGGAGGACAGUUCCCCACAAGAGUUGUGGAUGAUAAUGAGCCCCAGCAUCAUUUCUCUUCCAAAAUCUUCCACUGCAAAACCAAAGCUUCUUCAUUCUAUGGCCUGCCCUAUCAACAAAUGCCUUGCAAGCCUGGCUCACAAAGCUAUGAGGCUUUUUACAGUCACAGAAAAAGGAUUUCCAAACCCCCUCAGUUGUCAUUCAAUAUGCUGGGAUUUGUUGGUUAAAGCCACAGCAGCAGAGAAUAACAGUGGCCUAAUGGACAAAAUGAAGGAGAUACAAGACAACCAGGUCCUCAAGUCUCAACUACUACAAUAUGUUAGAGGGGAACAUAUUUCCAAAGCUAGAAUCAGUGUACCCCCUAUGUAUGGCAUCAAAAACAUUCACAAGGACAAACUAAAUUUAAAGCUGCAAAUAUACAGGAGAAGACAUCUGACACAAGCCAACCUUGGAAAAAUGAUAUCAUCAAAAUUCUUUUUCAAGCACAAUAGUGGGGUCCCAAAGGCAAAGAUUGAAUGUGCUCUACUAGGUGCUAUUAACAACACUACAAUAGAAUUCCCUGAAACAGCAUUUUCUGCUAGGUGGAAUCAUCAUUAUAUGAUGUUGUUGGAAAUAUUUCAGAAAUGUUCUCCUACAUACUUGGCAGCUGUAUUUGAUGAGAUUGAUGAAUAUGUUUGGAAGCAGAAAAAGCAUCCAAAUCAUAAUUACAAAUAUUACAAUAGUGCUGCAGCAUUUUAA